AUGGAGUCGCAAAACCAGUCUGCGCCAACCCACCCGUCACAUAACCGGCCGGCACCCGUCUACGAUCCCACACAAGGAGGACACUAUGGUGCCUGUGCUGCUGUUCGUAUACUUGCUUCAAUGCUUGCCUCGCAAGGCUUUGCGCCGGCCGAGCUAUACACCGGCCCCUGGGCAAAUGUUCACCAAGGACUUACAGGACAGUACAAGGACAUCUUAACAACCUACUGGCAACAGACAAUCAGCCACCUGGAAAGCGAUACUCACGAUUACAAGAUCCAUCAGCUGCCCCUUGCACGUAUCAAAAAGGUCAUGAAGGCCGAUCCAGAAGUCAAGAUGAUUUCCGCCGAAGCACCGAUUCUAUUCGCCAAGGGCUGUGACAUCUUCAUUACGGAACUCACUAUGCGCGCAUGGAUCCAUGCAGAGGAGAACAAGCGCCGCACGCUGCAGCGGUCCGACAUUGCCUCGGCACUUGCUAAAUCCGACAUGUUUGAUUUCCUCAUCGACAUUGUUCCUAGAGAAGAAGCUACAGCACACGCCAAAAGAACCACCACUCAGCCCUCCGCCACGCAGCCGGUGCCCGGCGGCGCCCAACCACCAAUGGCCGGGCACCCAGGCAUGGCUCAGGCGCCUGGCCAUCCGUCUGGCCACCCAAUGGCCACCGCAGGUUACAUGGACGCGCAUGCGCUCGGCUCUGAGCAGGACUACAGACAGCCCCCCAACAUGUAUCCUGGCCAGGUUCCCCAGGGCCCUCCCGCUGCCGCCUAUGGACAGGCCCAGCCACAAACGGCCAUAUAUGGCGAAAUGGAGGGCAUGUAUCCAUACUCAACAAUGCAACCGCAACAGGCAAGUCAACUUCCUGACGCAACAUGA